AUGCAUUCAAAUUGCGUUUUCUUGUGUCCAACGCUGCUGGCCAUUUCUGGCCGGACGCUGAGCAUAAUUACAUGGAGCCAGAUCUUUUUUGAUCUCCAAAUCGGAUCUGCUUUAUCGGCUUGUGACCCGGCUGAACAUGUGUUUUCCACCCUCUUUGUCCCAGUCCUCCUCCGUUCGGCCCAUGCCCCUCUCCACCCUCCAUCCACCAUCGUCCAUCCAUCCUUCAUCCAUCAUCCACCAUCCACUCGGCCGAGUCUCGGUGCCGCUUAUCCGAGACGGAUAAGUCGAGGCCUGGCCGAACGGUUAAUCGGCCCGGCAACUCGACCAAGCACCGUCCUUGUCGGCGGCCGGUCGGUGGGCGCCGUGAGACAGUUCGGUCCGUCCGAGCCCCGAUCCGGUAGUCGGCCAGCCCGGCGCAAAAGACGCAUACAGAUCUGGUGGACAGAAGAGGCCAGAGACCACAGAUCCAGUUGCCAGGCUGCGAUAUGCAAGAUAGUCUUUGUUGUUUUCACUCUCUCCUCCACUCUUGUCCCUUGUCCCUUGUCCUCACCUCAACUCCGACCUCUUUUAUCUCGGCCCAAUUAG